AUGGCUAAUUUGGCAGAUGCUGAGACCAAAUCUAUCGCGGAGUCGAGCGGAACGGCAGACGAUGAUGAUACACUUGAUCCCCGUGUUCAGAUUGAAUUAGAACGAUUAAAUCACGCAAAUGAAGCUAUUAAUCAUUUAGAGCUACAGCUUGAUGAAGCUCGAAAAACUCUAAAAGAGUUUUCUGAUGCUGGUGAAAUAGAAUUAGCUCAAUUAGAGAAAAGUAUAGGUUCAGCUGUGAGUAAAACACGAAGUUAUUAUGAUGCUCGAAUUAAACUUCGUGAUGCACGAGAAGCAUUAACAAAAGCAAAACAUCGAUUUGAACGUGCUCAAGCAUUACAUGUUGCUGCCAAAGAAUUAGCUGUUGUUUCGGCGGAUUAUAUUGAUGAAGCUGAAAGAUCCAAUCAAAAUGCUGCAUCAUGGAAUGAAACAUAUAGUCAAGCAAUUGCAAAAGCAGCUGAUGCUGAAAGAGAAAAAUAUCAAGCAGAUUUAGAUCAACAAACUGCUGAUCAAGCUUAUUCAGAAAUUGAAAAAUUAGUUGAAAAAUUACAAAAAGAUUAUCGACGAGCAAUAAAUAAAUCACAACCAUAUUAUGAAAAAAAAGCUGAUUACAAUAAAGAAUUAGAUUUUCAAAAACGUAAAGUUUAUGGUCUUGAAAUUUGUGUUAAUGAAGCUAAAACUCAAUAUCAAGAAUCAUUACGUAAUCUUGAAAAAAUCAGUAAUGAAAUUCAUGCACAACGAAGUCAAGGAAAAUUACGACGUGAACUUGGCGAACGAACAGCUGGUGUUGGUGAAGAACAAAUAACAUAUACUGAAUUUAAUCCAUUACCACCAUCACCAGUUAAAACUAGUCCAGUAGCAUCCCCGAAAAUUUCUUUAGUAAAACGAAUAAAUCGUCCUGAACAAUUACUUCGUUCAUGUUUACUUCGUACUGAAGCAUUACCAGCUGGAAUCUUUGCUAAUACAAGUGGUCGAUCAUCACCCGAGGGUGAUGAAACAACACCAACAAAUUUCAAUGAUCAAUUUCUUCUUACUUCAAAACAACCACCACCAUCAAUGGUUAUUAUUGAUUCAGAUAAACAAUCGAAAACAAAUUUAUAUAAUACUCAUGAAAGAAAAUCAAGUGAUGGUUAUUCAUCACAAUUAACGGAUGAUGAAGAUGAGCGAACAGGUUCACUUCAUGUUCUAACUGAUGAACAACUUGAACAUUUAACUUCUGUAUAUCAUCCUCUUCCACCUCCACCACCAUCAUCUCAAACAGGUACGACUAAAACAUCAUCCACACAAAUAUCAGAAUCUUUAUUAUAUUCAUUAAGCAAUCCUCUUUCGAAACUUGUUCUACGUUAA